AUGUACAAACUCAUAACAAAAACUUUCACCGCCAGGUUGAAGCUAGUAGUGGAUUCUUUAGUUGGGCUAUCCCAAUCAGCUUUCAUAGCAGGGAGGAGUAUAUUGGACAAUGUUAUAGUGGCUCAUGAAUUGGUUAAAGAUUAUACUCAGAAUGGAUUAUCACCUAGAUGCCUUAUUAAAAUCAACAUAAGGAAAACAUAUGAUUCAGUGAAAUGGGGUUUUCUAAAGAGUGUACUGCUGAAAUUUGGCUUGCCUGGGAAGUUUAUGGACUCGAUCAUGGAAUGUGUUACCGCAGUGAGCUCCUCACUCUUGAUCAAUGAAGGGCUUACUCCUAAGUUUAUGGCAAAAAAGGGACUGAGGCAGGGGAACCCUAUGUCUCUUUACCUUUUUAUUCUGGCUAUGGAAUAG